GGUGCCGGGACCGGCUGUCGAGCGAGCCGCGGGGCCGCGAGACGUGGCGGCGCCUCCCCCCUGGCCCGAAGCGGAACUGCUGAAGGAGCGGCGGCGCAGGCCGGACGGGGUGAGCCGGGUCACUUAACUGCCGUCGGAGCCAUGAUGGCGUCGGCUAGUGAUUAUUUCAAGGCCAUGUUCACAGGUGGAAUGAAAGAACAAGAUUUAAUGUGCAUUAAGCUUCAUGGGGUGAACAAGGUUGGCCUGAAGAAAAUCAUUGAUUUUAUUUAUACUGCAAAACUUUGUCUCAACAUGGACAAUCUUCAGGACACGCUAGAAGCUGCCAGCUUUCUACAAAUUUUGCCUGUUUUGGACUUCUGUAAAGUAUUUCUUAUAUCAGGAGUCUCUUUAGAUAACUGUGUCGAGGUUGGACGAAUUGCUAACACCUACAAUCUUAUAGAAGUGGACAAAUACGUUAAUAAUUUCAUCCUGAAGAACUUUCCUGCUUUAUUGAGUACUGGGGAGUUUCUGAAACUCCCUUUUGAACGGCUUGCCUUUGUGCUUUCCAGUAAUAGUCUUAAGCACUGUACUGAACUCGAACUCUUCAAGGCUGCCUGUCGCUGGCUUAGGUUGGAAGACCCUCGGAUGGAUUAUGCUGCAAAAUUAAUGAAGAAUAUUCGAUUUCCACUGAUGACACCACAGGAUCUCAUCAAUUAUGUGCAGACAGUGGAUUUCAUGAGAACAGACAAUACAUGUGUGAAUCUGCUUUUGGAAGCUAGCAAUUACCAGAUGAUGCCAUACAUGCAGCCAGUGAUGCAGUCAGAUAGAACUGCCAUUCGAUCUGACUCUACUCACUUGGUCACAUUAGGAGGAGUGUUGAGGCAGCAGCUGGUGGUCAGUAAAGAAUUACGGAUGUACGAUGAAAGAGCACAGGAGUGGAGAUCCUUAGCCCCCAUGGAUGCCCCCCGUUACCAGCAUGGCAUUGCUGUCAUUGGAAACUUUCUUUAUGUCGUUGGUGGUCAAAGUAAUUAUGAUACGAAAGGAAAAACUGCCGUUGAUACAGUUUUCAGAUUCGAUCCUCGGUAUAAUAAAUGGAUGCAGGUUGCAUCGUUAAAUGAAAAGCGCACAUUCUUCCACUUGAGUGCCCUCAAAGGACAUCUGUAUGCAGUUGGUGGUCGCAGUGCAGCUGGUGAACUGGCCACAGUAGAAUGUUACAACCCAAGAAUGAAUGAGUGGAGCUAUGUUGCAAAAAUGAGUGAACCCCACUAUGGCCAUGCUGGAACAGUGUAUGGAGGCUUAAUGUAUAUUUCAGGAGGAAUUACCCAUGACACUUUCCAAAAUGAGCUCAUGUGUUUUGACCCAGAUACAGACAAAUGGACACAGAAGGCUCCAAUGACUACAGUCAGAGGUCUGCAUUGCAUGUGUACAGUUGGAGAUAAGCUGUAUGUCAUCGGCGGCAAUCACUUCAGAGGUACAAGUGAUUAUGAUGAUGUUCUAAGCUGUGAAUACUAUUCACCAACCCUUGACCAGUGGACACCAAUUGCUGCUAUGUUAAGAGGUCAGAGUGAUGUUGGAGUUGCUGUCUUUGAAAAUAAAAUCUACGUUGUUGGUGGAUAUUCUUGGAAUAAUCGUUGUAUGGUGGAAAUUGUCCAGAAAUACGACCCAGAAAAAGAUGAGUGGCAUAAAGUUUUUGACCUUCCAGAGUCACUUGGUGGCAUUCGAGCUUGUACACUCACAGUUUUUCCACCAGAAGAAAAUCCUGGGUCACCUUCUAGAGAAUCACCUCUUUCAGCCCCUUCAGAUCAUUGUUAGGUCUAAGGGAUAACUUCGCAGUACGUGGUGGAUGACCUAUACUUGCCCUUCAGUUGUAUCUUCUUACAAUGUCUGGUACAGUUAUUAGAUGAAAAGGUAACUUGUUAUUUGUCUUGUUUGGCUUAGUAUAUUGAUCAGAAAUGGUUAAUGAAUGCAUUCUGAAGAUAUAGUCAACAUUGCUGUUUUAGCACAUGAAAAAAAGAUGUAGAAAAUGUUUAAACUAGAUGUCUUUUUGUGGUGUUAUAAAAGUCAAAUUGUAGGUGACUAGUAAAUGUAUAAUUAUGUCUAUUAUGCUUAAAGUUGAAAGUUUUCUUCAUCUUUGACUGUAAAACAUCAACGGGAGGCCACCUGCUCUAACGUAAAAUAAUAAGGAAAAAGUUGCCAAGUAUUAUUUAGCCACCUCCCUCUUUUCAGAGAGUUUUAACCUGUCAACUCAUUCGAUUGUGUUGUUGCAUUCAGAAUAUGCGAAGUUGCUUAGACAGAGAAGAGAAUAAUGAAAAUGUGAACUAGAAAAAACAGUGUAUCCCUAAGUCAGAGUUGGGUAUCUCUUAGAGAGAAAGAGGAGAAAGAAAAGAUACGCAUAACACAAAUGUGUAUGCACACACAUACAUAUGUAUAUAACAUACACACACAUAAUUUUUAAUUGAUUGGCACUUCAACUAUGGUGAAAUUGUUUUAAAAUUUAAUUUUUUUCCACAAAGCAACUAUUUCUAUUUAAAUGGGAAUUCAACACCAGGGAAUAAAUGUCUAUGUAGUCAUACUGAAUUUAGAGAGAUAAGGGCUACAACAUAUUAAAAACCAAAUUUGUCAUUUGACUCAAUUGCUAACUUCAGAUGAAGCUUACACUACUUUUUCUGCUUGUAUUUUUUGGUAGAUUUACUUUUACACAGAUUAGCAAAAUUUGUUUCAGAGAAUUGCUUUUGCUCAGUAAAUUUAGGCUCUGCGUUUUUCCACCUUUUAGUAAAAUUUGUGAUAGGAAAACAAAGAAAUAUUCUGAACAAAGCUGUAGGAUUUUAAGUUCGGUCUCCCAGCUUAGUCAUCCUAACAUGAUUCUUUUGUGAUUUGUGGUGAUUGCCCUGGUGCUGUCCAGUCUGUGUGCAUCCUGAGCUGUGAGAUCUGCCUCGAGGCUAUGAUCUGAGCAAGCAGGAGAUGCAUUCUCUUCUGCAUCAAGUCAGAAAAUGUCCUUUUGGCCAUCUCAAGCACAGGACCAACUUCAGAUUCCCUAAGAAGCCUGUACAGAAAUCCUAGAACACUGUUUUCUUGAUCUAAAGUAGAUCUUCAGCCUCUUCAAUACCAAUGGUAUCCUUACUGAUUAAAAAAUCACAUGGGGAGAUUUUAACGGGAUGUUAUCACCAAAUGGAAUUAUAGGAGUACUCUGUAAUAAGUGAUUCUGAAGAGGUACUUCUGGAAUAAUUGUCUACCUGAAGGAAAAAAUUAUAUAUAUCUCCAUCCCUAUACCUGAGAGAUUGUCAGAGUAUAAAUCAGGAACAAUUUUCUCUUUAUUGACAAUCCCACAAUAAAACUCAGGAACCAAGGUAAAAGGAAUUGGCUUCUAGGGUUCUGAACCUUACUGCCCAUACAAGUGUUGAUUCAUUUGAAUGCUUUUUAUGAUUUCUGCAUUGGCAGACAUUUUCAUACUAUUUUUUUAAUGACUCAGUUUUUUUAUUACUAAAAAUAGCACAUUUGAGUACAUUUACAAAAUAGAAAAAGUAGAAAUUGUUAACUUUGUGUAUUGACCUAAGCAAGAAAUGACAUACCAGUCCUUUCUUUCCUUGAUUACUAAUAAGGUUGACUAUUUGUGUCUUUGGGUAGCUGUUUCUUCUUUAAUCAAAUGUUCAUGUCCUUUGUCCUUGUGAUACCUAUUGGAGUUGCUUUGUUUUCUGUAUAAAGUUAGAAGAUCUCUUUAUAAAAUAAAAAUAAUUUAACUGGCA